UGUGCAAUGUAAUAUAACCUCGUCUUCAGAGCUCCAUGUAUCAUUCAAAGUAGUGUCUCAAAAAAGCUUCAGAAAUACAUUGGGAAAAGGUGCUGUCACCUUGUCAUCCUUCUGUCUUUUAAAUCAAUCUUUUUAGCAGUGAGAAUCUGCUAAGUGUGAAAACAGGAAUGUAACUUCAGUUAUGAUUUUAGGACUUUUCACUGUUCUGUCUUUAGCCACUUAGCCUAGUUACGUUAAUGAUAGCAAUUUUCCUGUCAAUAAGCAAUCUUAACCAAACAGAACCUUUUGGAGUGAUUUCUGUGUUGAUCAGUGUUGCAGUCAUGUCUGACAAAAGUAAACUGAAGGCGGAGUUGGAGCGCAAGAGGCAGCGAUUGGCUCAGAUCAGAGAGGAGAAGAAAAGAAAGGAGGAAGAAAGAAAGGAAAAAGAAACUGAUCAGAAGAAGGAUGUUCUUCCUGUUCAAGAAGGAUCUGACCUUGAAAAGAAGAGAAGAGAAGCUGAAGCAUUACUUCAGAGCGUGGGCUUGACACCGGAGUCUCCUGUCGUCCCUCCUCCUACCUCUCCGUCUUCCAAAUCCGUGAGUACGCCAGGUGAGGCUGGGAGCCAGGACUCCGGCGAUGGCGCUGUUGGAUCCAGACGUGGACCUGUUGAACUUGGAAUGGCCAAAAUCACACAAGUUGACUUUCCUCCUCGGGAAAUUGUUACGUAUGCAAAGGAGACACAAACACCUGUUGUGACUCAGCCAAAGGAAGAUGAGGAGGAAGAUGAUGAUGUGGUUGCACCAAAGCCCUUAGUUGAACCCGAGGAAGUAAAAACGUUCAAAAAGGAAAAGGAGGAGGAAGCUGCCCCUCACGAACUUACAGAAGUGGAAAAGCAACAAAUUCUGCAUUCUGAAGAGUUUUUAAGUUUCUUUGACCACUCUACGAGGAUUGUCGAAAGAGCCCUUUCUGAACAAAUCGGCUGCAGUGGAGGAGACUUAGAAGACAAAGAAAGGGAGAUUCAAGCAGGAGCAAAACUGUCCUUAAAUAGGAAGUUUUUUGAUGAACGUUGGUCAAAGCAUCGUGUUGUCUGUUGUUUGGACUGGUCCUCUCAGUACCCAGAAUUACUUGUUGCCUCUUACAACAACAAUGAGUGUGCACCUUUUGAGCCUGAUGGAGUGGCCCUCGUGUGGAAUAUGAAGACGACUGCGCCAGAGUACAUCUUUCAUUGCCAGUCACCAGUAAUGUCAGCUACAUUUGCAAAAUUUCAUCCCAAUUUGGUGCUUGGUGGCACGUACUCGGGCCAGAUCGUGCUAUGGGAUAAUCGCAGCAAUAAGAGAACUCCAGUGCAGAGAACUCGACUUUCAGCUGCUGCUCACACGCGCCCCGUCUACUGUUUAAAUGUUGUUGGGAACCAGAAUGCUCAUAACUUGAUCAGUAUCUCAAAUGAUGGGAAGUUGUGCGCUUGGAGCCUAGACAUGCUUUCCCGGCCACUGGAUAGCAUGGAGCUGGUUGACAAACAGUCCGAGGCUGUGGCUGUUACUUGCAUGUCCUUCCCUAUUGGAAAUGUCAACAACUUUGUUGUUGGAAGUCAAGAAGGCUCAGUCUAUACUGCAUGCCGUCACGGGAGCAAAGCUGGAAUCAAUGAGAUGUUUGAAGGACACCAGGGACCAAUCACAGGUAUCCACUGCCAUGCAGCAGUUGGACCUGUAGACUUCUCACAUCUUUUUGUCACCUCUUCUUUUGACUGGACAGUAAAGCUUUGGACCACGAAGAAUAACAAACCUCUCUGCUCAUUUGAAGAGCACUUCGAUUAUGUUUAUGAUGUUAUGUGGUCUCCAACGCACCCUGCCCUGUUUGCCUGCGUGGAUGGGAUGAGCCAGCUUGACCUGUGGAAUCUCAACAAUGACACUGAGGUGCCAACUGCAAGCAUUACUCUAGAGGGCAAUCUUGCUCUGAACCAUGUGAGAUGGACACACACUGGGAGAGAGAUUGCUGUCGGUGACUCAGAGGGCCAAAUAUUUGUAUAUGAUGUGGGAGAGCAAAUUGCAGUUCCUCGCAGCGAUGAGUGGACUCGGUUUGGCCGAACACUGGCAGAAAUAAAUGCCAAGAGAGCUAAUGCAGAAGAGGGAGCUGCAGCCUGCAUCCAAGCAUAGAUCUCUGCAAAUGGGCAGCAGUGGUAGGCUUGUGAGUGAUCUGAUGCGAAUCCUAGAAGUAUGAGCAAGUGUCAGUAAUGGCUUAAGGGAGUAUGCGGAUUCAACCAUGCACUUGGAAAACGUGUUAUGAUCUCUGAAAAUCAGAUCUUGCAUUGUUGACUUCUAUAUAAAACUUACAAGCACGUUAUUUGACUUAUGUAACUUUUAAUACAGUUAACUUUGACUUUGCAAGGAACUUCUUUUGCUGAAACACUGACCUGGUGUAAAUUUGCUGUUAAGCUUCUGAAAUCUCCACUUUAUAAACAGUAUGUUUCUGAAAAGUAGAAAUUGUGUUUCUAAACAAGUUCUGUUUCUAAACUAAACUUCCUAUAUUACACA